AUGCCUCGGGAAUCCCCUUUUCCAGCUCUGGAUAUUCCCAAAACCAACAUCCUAUCCUACCUGUUUCCCACAGGGACGAAUGACGAUACCGUCCCCUUGUGGAUCUCUUCCGACAAUGAGGCACCUACUCUCUCGACGAGCCAGCUACUGUCGUUGGUCAAGAGGGUGGCCGCAGGAUUUUCAGCCCUGGGGAUCAAGCCCGGCGACGUCGUGUCGGUCUUCACUCCCAACCACAUCUACGUCCCGGUGAUUUACCUGGCCACCGUUGGCUUCGGGGCCAUCUUCACCGGAUUCAAUCCCGCAUACACGGUGGGAGAACUGGUCCAUCUGCUCCGGGACUCGGAGGCCAAGGUGAUAUUUGUUCACCCUCGACUUUUGAGCACCGCCCGAGAGGCGGCGAGUCAGACCGGACGUUUGGAACCGAGACUCGUCUUGUUCCCGGAUGGCCCAGUCGAGGCGCGGACACAAGGCUACCGGGACUGGUGGAGUUAUCUGGAGAGCCCUGCCAAAGCCAGUUCGUGGUCAUGGGACAACUACGGUCCGAAUGAAGCAGAAAGUCGAGUUGCCACGAUCAACUAUUCAUCCGGAACAACCGGGCUCCCCAAGGGAGUCAUGGUAACGCACGCCAACAUCAUCGCCAACAUCCGGCAGACGAUCUUUAUUCGCUAUCACCUGACGCCCACGAAAAGAGCCACGGAGCGCUGGCUGGGAUUUCUGCCCCUGUACCACGCCUACGGACAGCUCUACACCAUUCUCAUGGCUUGCAAAUUACGCAUCCCCGUCUACGUCAUGGAGAGCUUCGAACUGAAAAGGUUCCUGGGCGCGAUUCAGCGGUUCAAAAUCUCGAAUCUCCAGAUUGCCCCGCCGAUCUUGGUGAUGUUGGACAAGAGACCAGAGGUGCGAGAAUAUGACUUGAGCAGUGUGCGAGAAGUGGUCUGCGGGGCGGCCCCGAUCCCCCUCGAGCUCCAGACACGAAUCUCUCAACGGUUCGGAUUCAAAUUUACCAUUGGCUGGGGAAUGACGGAGCUGACGUGCACGGGGACAUCGAUCCCCGGGGGCAUGGUCGAAAACACGGGAAGCGUGGGGUUUUUGCUCCCAGGCAUGGAAGCGAAAUUGGUCGAUGAGGCUGGGUACGAGGUCGCGACGGGAGAACGUGGCGAGAUCCUGAUCAAAGGACCCAAUGUUUGCCUGGGAUACUGGAGAAAUCCCGGGGCGACCAAAGACUUGUUCGACGACCAAGGCUGGCUGAAGACGGGCGACGUUGCCGUCACGAACUGCGAGGGGCUCUUUUGGAUCGUGGACAGAAAGAAGGAGUUGAUCAAGGUGAAUGGGCUCCAGGUUGCCCCCGCCGAGCUCGAGGCGAAGCUGCUGGAAAAUGAACACGUGGCCGACGUCGGGGUUGUGGGCAUCAAUCUGGAUGACAAUGAGUGGCCGAUGGCGUAUGUUGUUCUCAAGGACAAGAGCAAGCAGAAGACGACUCCUCCAUCCGAGAUCGCCAGCUGGCUUGCGACUCGGGUCGCGAAACACAAACAUCUCAGAGGUGGGGUGUCGUUUGUCGAUCAGAUUCCCAAGCUUGCAAGUGGAAAGAUCCAGAGAAAAGUGCUCCGGGAAUGGGCUCGUCGAGAGGCUCAGCAGCGUCAAACGAGCCAGCGAAUGCUCGCCAAAAUCUGA